CGCGCACGCAUCACCGGAAGCUCUAGAGUUCACGGAGCGUCAAAUGAACGUCGAAACGGAUUUUCUGUGGGAUAAACAAACUGGCGUCGCUGCAAAAGCGAUGCCUCACUCUCGGCGAUACCCAUCAUCAGAGCGAAGCCGCAGUCGGAGUCAUCGUGUUCGGUACCAAAGCCGCAGACACCGGCGGAGACGACGCAGUCGCAGUCGCUCGACAUCAUCCAGCAGACAGCGAGACAGAAACAGGAAUCACCGAGAGAGGAGAGGAGCGGGACGCAGGAGGGACGGCAGUUACCGGCAUGACAGGAGCUAUGAGAGACACUCUGUUGACCACAGACUGUCCAGCAGACGUCACUGUCGUGAUGAGCGGGAGGAGCUUAUGGAUCAUGAAGGAGACUCCACCAUCACAGACAGAUUCUUCAGACACACAGACUUCACCUGCCGUUCCCAUGAGUACCGUUCAGAGCGGGACGCUGGAGAGGAGCGGAGAAGCAGCCGACACAAACGCAGAUGCCACAGAACAAGAACGAGAUCGAGAACGCGCUCUUACAGUCGGAGUCGGUCCUUCUCAUCUCGGAGUCACAGUCGUGUGCGAGCGUGGGCUGUUAAAGACGACGAGGAGGGUCAUUUGAUCUAUCGGUCAGGUGACCUGCUGCAGGACAGAUAUGAGAUUGUAGGAAUGCUCGGAGAAGGAACCUUCGGGAAAGUUUUGGAGUGCAUUGACCAUCACAGGAGUGGCUCUCGCAUCGCUCUGAAGAUCAUUAGGAAUGUGCAGAAAUACAGAGAAUCAGCUCGACUGGAGAUCAACGUUCUGGAGAAAAUCAACCAGAAAGAUCCAGAAAAUAACAAUUUGUGUGUGCAGAUGUUUGAUUGGUUCGACUAUCAUGGUCACAUGUGUCUCAGUUUUGAGCUGUUGGCUCUCAGUACGUUUGACUUCAUGAAGGAGAAUAAUUACUUACCGUACACCAUCUGUCAGAUCAGACACAUGGCCUACCAGAUCUGCAUCGCUGUCAAGUUUCUCCAUGACAACAAGCUGACACACACGGACCUCAAACCCGAGAACAUCCUGUUCUUGAACUCUGAGUUUACGGUCACGUAUAACCCACAGAAGAAGAGAGAAGAGCGUUCAGUGAAGAACACAGCUGUCAGGGUGGUGGAUUUUGGCAGUGCCACGUUUGAUCACGAGCAUCACAGCGGCAUCGUUUCCACACGGCACUACAGAGCGCCGGAGGUGAUUCUGGGGAUGGGCUGGAGUCACCCGUGUGACGUGUGGAGUAUCGGCUGUAUUCUCUUAGAAUAUUACCAUGGAGAGACACUCUACCAGACUCAUGAUAACAGGGAGCAUCUGGCCAUGAUGGAGCGAGUGCAUGGACCAAUUCCUUCCAGAAUGAUCCGGAAAACAAGAAAACAGAAGUAUUUUUACAGAGGUCGUUUGGACUGGGACGAGAACACUUCAGCGGCACGAUACGUGAGAGAGAACUGUCGACCACUCCGACGGUAUGUGUUGAGUGAGUCAGAGGAGCAUCAUCAGUUCUUUGAUUUGUUGGAGGAUCUGUUGGAAUAUGAACCGGAUCGGCGCGUGUCUCUCUCCACCGCACUGCGUCAUCCAUUCUUCAGUCCGAUCCGAGACGCUGAACACCACCACCACCAGCAGCAGCCGUGACAUCAGCCGGUGACCUCUGACCUCUAUCUCAGAGCAGAGCACACUGAAUGGACUUUCCUUGUUCCACCCCGGCCGUUCUGUUUGGACACGCUGGAUUCCGUGGAACUGCUUGGAAUUGGACUUCAGAAGAAUUGUGAUUGACACUUUGGUCAUCCAAUCAGAGUUCAGCUGCCGAUGAUAAUGAUGUAAUGAUGGAGAGACACACUGGAUGAGCUCUGUGCCAGGAGAAUCAGACGGACAGCCUGGCAAGCUCUCCGAUUGGUCUAUCAUCCUUUGACGGACAGCUAUAAGGCGGGACUUAUCUUAAAGUUGAUGUGGGAUUGUCACGGAUGCGUUCAACACACACACACGGUUACAUUCACUAGAUUGUAUCUGCCUUGGAUUUCAAAUGUUGCACAUAUCAUUGUUCACACCCUCAGUAUUUAUUUUAAGAGUUUUGUGUUGUUUUGUAUGAGAUGAAUAUAGUUGUAUAUAAAGUAAAUGUUCUCUAUAAUAAAACAUGUUUCAUAUGAAGUGUUUUUUACCUAUUUUGUGGGGUUAUUAUUUAUUAGUUUGAGCUGCUUCACACACACGACCACAGUCUGUUCACGAGAGCUGAUGACAUCAUCUGCUCGCAUCUCAUUGGCUGGCAGGAAACUUCCUGGAGCCGGCGUGUCCCAGUCCAGUCUGAUCCGAAAGAGCGUUUGUUUGUCAGGUUAGUGACGUCAAAUCUCUCAAAGAUUUUCAGAGGUUUGUUUGAGACACUUUGUAGCAAAUAAACUAGAUAUUCACAAGCAGAGUUAAACCCUCUAUAUAUAUAUAUAUAUUUAUAUUUAUUACAGAAAGUCUGUACAGCUGAUGACUGACACUGCUGUCAAUUGUAUGCUGCUCUAUUAUAGAGUGCAACAGUCUUGGGAAAUCCAUACAAUGCAAGUGAAUGGUGACCAGAACUUUGAAGUUCCAAAAAGCACAUAAAUGCAGCAUAAAAGUAAUCCAUACUACUCCAGUGGUUUAAUCCAUGUCUUCAGAAGUGAUAUGAUAGGUGUGGGUGAGAAACAGAUCAAUAUUUAAGUCAUUUUUCACUAUUAACUAUGACAUCAGCAGCUUGAUCGAGCACAUUUCCUCUAGCGCCAUGUAGCGCUGUGCGCAUAUAUCAAGUGUAAUCGAGCUUGAAAUCGUUAUCGUAACUAGAGACUGCAAUGGACAUGUACAGAUGUACAAUGAAACAGGAGUUCUGUUUUGAUCUAUUUUCACCGAAAAUCGAAUGGAUGAGUUCUGAAGACAUGGAUUAAACCACUGGAGUCGUAUGGAUUACUUUUAUGCCGCAUUUAUGUGCUUUUUGGAGCUUCAAACUUCUGGUCACCAUUC